CCACAGAGUAGAGAUGUCCGAAGCAAAAUGCUAUCCAGCCGCUGAGAAACCUUGUCAGCCAUAUGUGAAGCAGCAAUGUACGCAGCAUCGCCCUUCCCUGUCCAACAGACGCCUCCACAGCUUACCUAGCUGGACUGAAGGACAAUUUUCGGAAGAUUACCUCGUGUCGCCGGAAGACGCAUUGACAAGAACUGUGUAAUAACGGAAGCCUCACGGAUGUCAACCCCAGUUCACUGAUGUUCACGGCGAAUUUUCCUCAGUGUUUCCAUAGCUUCUUCCAACGAUAUUCCCGGGCUCACCCGCCAUGACAGGCCCGGGAAUGGAGCUAAUGACGAUUUGAGCCCUAAUGAUCGUCCUCUACUGCCUUAGUUGGACGAACUCAUAAGAUAAAUUCCCUAGUGAGUGCAUAGUCCGCUAAACUAUAAAAUAGUGCGAGGUUAGUCGGCGUACCAUAGCGUCAGCAGCUUAGUACACCAUCGUGACAAUAGUCCAGAGUCGAGUCGAG